CGCAGAUCAUGGCAUCUCUUGGCGGUCUAUCGCUGUCGCAGCACUCUCCCGACCCGGCAACUUCUACUAGACUUAAGGUUCUGAGAUUUAGAGGAGAGCAGGUUAGACUCGUCAUAGAAGAGCCUUUUGUCGGAGGUGGGCCAUCUCCUCGAGGGCGGUAGUGUAGAAAUUUUUCCGCUCCUUCAUCAAGUGCGAGUUAGACUUUUGACUCAUCAGACUCCAUCACAGAUGCCACUCAUCAAGUCAGGACAUUUGAUUUUGCUUCAUAUUUAAUUGACUACAAUACUAGGUUGAUGAGCAUGUCUAAUGCGCAAGGGAUCGGGAUGGGCCCCGCUGGAGCAGCCCCCCAACAAGUCCUUGGUGCAAGUGGCAUGCUUCCGACCAAGGUGUCCACGUUGAUAUCGCAGCUUCUAGGCUUCCUCUCCCAUCCCCACGUCGUUGUCCAGUCUGCCUGCUGGCGCUGUCUUGAGGCUAUUUUUCUGUACAGCAGCUUUUUCGAGGAGGCACGUGGGACCUUGUUCCACGCACGAAGUCCGACGCAGCCGCACUGGAGCAAAAGCGCGUCGUCUCCUCCAGGCGACCACAUCUUUCGACCUCAAUCUUCUUCACCCAAUAGUUUUUCUGG